AUGGAUGCUCCCUCGCCGAUCGCAGAUGUUUCCACAGGUAUGAACCUCGAACAGCUCGGAGACGCAAUUUCCCUUGGAACCUUCUUUGUGCAGGGUCAACAGUGGCUUGUGAUGGCAGGAUUUCUUGCCCUAUUGUGGCUUGCACUGCUCACGUUUAGCCAGUGCCGACAGAAUCUGGCCCACUCACGUGCCCUUACAGGCAUCAUGCAAGCCUUGGUGGACCUGCAGGCCCACGUGUCAGGCAUGCCCUCGAUAGUUCCCGGCACGGACUCUGAGGUGGUCUCAGCCUUACAGUGCUUGGAUGCCAAGAUGCUGCAACUCUGCAAAGACAACCAGGAACUCCAGUCCUUUGUCCUGGACCUCCAGAAGAGCCGUACUCUGGAAACAAUGGAAACUACCAUGCAACAGAUCGCUGGAGUUGCUGAGAGUACAGGACAGCUGAUGGAGCAAUGGACUAAGGAAGUUCCACCUCGCAUCAAGGAGAUCUAUGGCUUUGUCUCUGCCAUUCCUCGCCUGGAAAAGGCAGUCAGUGCAAAUGCCUUGGAUACUGCCAAGUCCUUCGUGCUCCAGGAGACGCUCAGUGAUGGCCUCCCCAAGCAGGGCAGAGAAUCUCUGCACUACCUUCAAGGAGAACAACGCGCUCAAUCCGAGAAGUUGACAGAAGUCAAGCAAACAACGGAAGAACUUCGGAGUACCUUGAAACAGACGAACGUGGACCUGCAUGUGGCGAAGACGAGGAGUGAACAGAAGCUAGACAGCAUCCAAAAAGACGUCCAGUCCUUGCAAGGCGCUACCCAAAGCGCCUUCAGAGGACUCAAUGUCUUGGUGCCCUCCAGCAAGACCCUGCAGGACAACAUCACCAAUGUUCUCGACUAUUUGGUGAAAGCCAACCAGGCAGCUAGCAAAGCAGCAGAGGACAUGCUGGCACUCCAGGAGAUCGCCGGCAACACAGACACCAGGGCCUAUAAGCUCGAAGCACUCGUGGGGGGUCUUCAAGAUAGCCUCGGAGAGAUGCAAGACAUCGUCAUGCAGAUCCUGGAUCGGACUCCGAAAAUCAUGAAGCGCAAUCCUCCGAGUGAUCAGCCCUCCAGUUCUCAGCCUGCAACGCCACCUCCACAGCCGACGACGACGGAGCCACCACCGAUGCCUCAACCGCACCAGCAGCCUCCACCAACGGGCUGUGGCUCACAGCCGCUGCGCCUCUCGGAGCACCUGCAGCCGCUCACUGCAGGACAAGCCCCGAUCUACAUGAUGGGAGACCCGCUUCGCGCUGUCUCCACUAGUGACCUGCUGCGCACUCUGAUGGCUCGUGGCAACUUCUGA